AUGUCGCCCGCCGGCUUGACGGAGACGCAGCGCGAUGUGCGAGAGGCAGUCUCGGCCCUCUGCACAAAGUUCCCCGACACCUACUGGGCCGAGCGCGACGCGAGCCAGACCUACCCGCACGAGCUCUACGACGCCCUCGCGGCGGGCAACUGGCUAGGCAUAUGCAUGCCCCCGGAGCUCGGUGGCGUCGGUCUGGGUAUCAGCGAGGCCACAGUGAUGCUACAGACCAUUGCAGAGAGCGGCGCCUCCAUCGCCGGCGCGCAGAGCAUCCACGCCAACGUCUACCCGCUCAUGCCCCUAAUUGAGUUCGCUUCAGAGGAGCAGAAGCGCAGCUGGCUCCCGCAGAUGAUCGACGGCCGCAUUCGCAGCUGCUUUGGCGUCACGGAGCCCACCACGGGCCUCGAGACCCUCAAGCUAACGACAAAGGCCGAGCGCAGGGGCGACGUUUACGUCGUCAACGGCAGCAAGAUCUGGACAAGCAGCGCCCAGGUGGCGAGUCACUGCGUGCUCCUCGUACGCACCGGCGAGGCGACGGCAGAAAAGAGGUCGGGCGGCCUCUCGCUGCUGUUUGCCCCGCUGCGCCGCCGGCCCAACACGCCGCACGUGCCCGAGGACGAGUCCAGGCUUCUGCCCGGGCUCGAGAUGCGCAAGAUUGCAAAGAUGGGCGGCAACACGGUCGACGCCAACGAGGUCUUUUUCGACAACUUCGAGGUCCCGGCCUCGCAUCUCAUUGGCGUCGAGGGCGACGGCUUCCGCUACGUGCUCCACGGCAUGAACGCCGAGCGAUGCCUCCUGGCGGGAGAGGCGCUGGGGACGGGCUACGCGGCGCUCCGCAAGGCUGUGCAGUACGCAUCUGACCGCGUCGUCUUUGGCAAGCCGAUUGGAGCCAUGCAGGCCAUCCAGCACCCGCUCGCCAAGGCGUGGGCCAAGCUCGAAGCGGCCCGCCACCUCACCUACGCCGCAGCCAGGAUGUACGACGAGCGCGCCGCCGACGCUGGGGCCCAGGCCAAUGCGGCAAAGUACAUGGCCGCCGAGGCCGGCUACGAGGCCUGCGAGACGGCCGUCAUGACCAUGGGCGGAAUGGGAUACGCGCGCGAGUACCACGUCGAGAGAUACCUCCGCGAGAUCUUCGUCCCACGGUUGGCGCCGGUCAGCCGCGAGAUGAUUCUGAACUACCUCGGACAGCGGGUGCUUGGUCUGCCGAAAUCCUACUGA